CCAACACACGCCUGAUCGGCGCCAACGGCUGGACUCAAGCCAGGACAACCCGAGCGCGCAUCGCGACGCGUCUACCGGCCUCGACUCCGAGUUACGCUUCGACGACAGCCCACAGAAUUUCCAACACUAGAGCCUAGGUCAUGGUUAUAAUUGUAUCAUAGUCGCAGCGUCACGUCUGACGCCGAAAUGGCCACCAGCCGUGAAGAGCGCAUGCAACAGCGCAUGCGUGGGGCAGGACGUCACGAAGUCGGCGAUGACUCCUUCGGCUUCGUCCUCCCCGGCGUCGAAGCCUCUCCCGAUGUACCCACGCCGGCACUCGAACCACGAUCAGAGCCAAACACCUCUGCCAAACGAAGGCGGCUGAGCCCCGAAGUUGGCCCGGUAAACUCGCAGCCGUCUUCGAGCGCUUCCCGAGCUUCGAGGUCUACCAGAGCGUCCGCCCGACUGAGCGCGUCGAAAGCAGACCCGUACGCCCUACACGAUAACGGUCCUAACCCUAUACAUCAAGAACCCGCUGCUCCCACGCCGGCGAUCGAGGAGCCGUCGAGUGAAUAUGUGGCGACAACCCCUCGGCCUGCGACUGUACAGCGCCCGGUGUCCAGUAGAUCUAUAUCUAGGUUUCCCAACGGCCAUGUAGUGGAGGAAGUCGGCGAAAGUCCGGCUGACGCUCCCGGGAGCGGCUCGAGACGUCGAGUUAAGGUCCCUGAGAGCGCGACCCGAAGCGCGAAACUGCUGAGAGCUGUGAUGAUGGACGAAGAUGCCACCGUCACGGGCGAACCCACCUUAUCUUCCCCCCUAGCACGGAGAAGCAGGGCCAGUGGCGCAACUCUGGGCGGAGUCUCAGCGCGGUCGGCACGGUCGACACGGGCGAUCACGAGGGCAUCUUUGGAAACAGCAAACGGAGCUGCCGACCAAUCGACGCCCACAGGUCGACCACCACAGAAGAGCAAUGGAACGGCGCCUACCAGUUCUGCUCGAUCCGCUAGAAGUCGGGAUCGGCGUAGCAGCCCUAGCCUGAUCGUGGACGAAACAGAUCAAGCAUCCUCACCACCCCAGGCUGCCGGUAUUGAUCGUGCCAGAAAAUUCAAGCCCGCCGUUGAACCAUUGGAGGACGCGGACGAAGACGAGGCAACUGAUGAGGUAGAAAUAGAGGAGGGAGGCGAAGCAGAAGCGGAGACCGACGAAGAAGCAGCCGAGGAAAUAGAUAUACAUCAUGUCGCCAAACGGAUAGGCCAAAAACGCGCUCGAGCUAGCCCACCCCGAGAAGCCUCACCAGACUUGGGUUCUCGAAUCGUCGAGGAUUCCCCACCCGCGAAGAAAAGUAGACAGAAAAGACUACAAGGAAGCCCAGCGAAACAAUCACAUCCCAAAGCGCCCAAGAACAAGAACAAACCACCCACAAGAAGGCGGGGUGAUGGCGAGGCCAUCCCCAUUGCCGUGCAGAGAUAUACGAAACGCACGCGUCCAAACGAGGGCGACGCGGAUAUCCUAAGUACCGAGAUUCCCUUCUCCAACCGAGGCGGCGUUAAUGUGAUCGACGUCCUGUCGCAGAUGUGCGACGAGAUAAUCCACUCCAGCUUAGAGACGCUGCGCGAGGCCGGUGCCGACGCGAAGGACUCGGCCUCGAAGAAGGAGCUGAGAACAAAACUCCGCGCUCUCGAAGCAUUCCAGGAGGAGCUGCGAACACGGCUCCUGGAGCACACCAUCGCCCUCGACACGAUGCACGCGCUCAAGAAACGGGUGCGGUCGGUCCAGAAGGAGAAGCUCGCGCUGCGGACGGAAAUCAUGCGCAUCCGCGCCGAGAGAGAGCAGGUGGCUCUGAAAACGGACGCCGUGCGAAUCCGGCACGAGACGGCGAACCGGGAGUCGAUUCAUCAACUAGGGCUCUCCUCUACGAUAGACGACAUCGAGUUGGCGAUCGAGAACGGGAAAUCAGCCCUGGAUCUGAACCCGAAGGAGCGGAAGACGGCCGAGCUGGCGAAUCUAGAAUUGCUGAUUUCCAGGGUGGCCAGCCACGCGAGUACGGCUGGCGGCAGCGGCGGGAACCUCAAGCAGAUCAGAGACUUCAACGCCUUUCUCGAGCGCGCCGCUGCGGCUCUCGAGGGGAGAUGAUGGUACCUAUGGGGGCUAUUGGAUAGUUCCGGUGGGAAAGUCUUGUCUCACGACGGUGAGCAGAACUAUUUAGCAACCGGACGUCGCAGCUUGCGUCUUUUGCGACCAAGCCAUCCAAUAGUACAGCCACGGUACCCGGUAGCAGCC